AUGACCAUCUCACACGGCCCAGCUCUUCCGAUCUAUGAGCAUAGCCCAAUACAGCGUCACAGGAGCAUCCGACUACUCACCAUAUACGACGCUGAUGAUUUCGAAGCAACUCUCAGAGCGAAACUAAGAACAUACCGACUUGACAGCGCUCCAGAGUACAUUGCCCUCUCCUAUGUCUGGGGGAAAGCAGAGGCAACUAUCCCGAUACAUAUCCAUGGUCACAUGCUCAAGAUAAGAAAAACCUCAGUGUCGCGCUCAAAAGAUGGCGGCGUCGCCAGGGUGCAACUCAUGCGUUUCAUCUAUCAGUCAGCUCGCAUGGUUCUCAUUUACCUUGAAGAGGUUGAUGGCUGGGAAGAGGCAAACAAAGCUAUGCAUCAUCUAUGUGAAGCGAAGAGGGACGGAAUAUUACCACAAUUCGCCGGCGCUCGCGCCAUCACGAGGGAUUUCAUAAGCGAAGUUGACAACUACCUCCAAAAAUCAAAUCUCCCGGCUCGAGAUAGCGAUGUUUGGCAACCAGUGACAAGAAUAUCAGAAAACUCGUGGUUCCAGAGAGCAUGGACACUCCAAGAGUGCUAUGUAUCCAAUAACUGCCAAUUAUUUCAUGGCAACACACUUUUCGAUCUUGAUGUUUUCAGUAUUACCCUUCUUGAUUCGAUAAUUGGUGUGAUUGCAUUCAAAAUAUGGAGGCAUUUUCUUGAUCACACAGGCCCUUCAUCACGACUCUAUUUACUUGACUUUCAACGCUCAAAAAAAGGGCAGGAUCAAAGGCUGCUAACUCUGCCACUAUUUACGUUGCUUGCAUUUACAAACGGGAGCCAGGCAACAAAACCUUGUGACCUAAUCUACGCUCUUAUAGGAAUCUCGCCGGAGGCUGAUCACCCAUCCCUUCAACCUAAGUACGGCCCCAACGAAGAUGAUAUAUUCAUUCGGAUUGCUGAAUACGCCAUUGAAGAAGGCAAAGGGCCACUAUUGCUUCAUUCGGUCCCAAAUUUAGCCAAGGAUCUCCCAAAAGGCUCCGCCUCUUGGAUUCCUCGUUGGAACGCUGAUGAAACGAGAAGUACCUUUGGCACUCCAUCACAUCGUAUGGAAGAUUGCACCUUUUCCGCGUCUGGCCACUCCGAUCCAGUAUUCCGCUCUCGGGAAAUCCAGGGUUCUCACAUAUUGUCUGUGCGCGGGUUCAUCUUUGACUCAAUCGAACAAGUCGGCACCUGCAGAACGGAUAUCAAAGAACAAGUAGAAGUUGCUAAGGUCGCUGACCCAAUCACUGAGUGUCUCGUCGAGGCCCAUAACUUAGUUCUGUCUCGGGGCGGAUAUCGCCAUUAUCCCAACGAAUCUAGAGUUAGUGUUCUGUCCCGCCUCGCCACGUGCGAUAUAGAAGGAAAUACUUGGCAUGUACGCGCUCCGGUACUCAAUCAAACUGCCAAGGCAAUGGUUUUGGCCCGUUCUACCAAACAACCUCGGAACGACCCACACUCUGAAGCUUACGUUGCAAAAAUAAAGGAUAUCAUGGCCGACUGGAACUCGCCCGGGUUCGGUUGUAAUGUUGAACUCUUCGCAUCGGCAGCCGCAAACGGAUUCCGAUCACAGCGGUUCAUUACAUCCCAAGGGUACAUAGGCCAGGCCCCUCAGUCCGUUGAAAUUGGAAGGGAUAAAGGCGACAAGGUUGUGCUCAUUGCGGGCUGCCAUGUGCCAUUCAUCCUUCGACCGCAGGCAAAAGGGCGUUAUUCUGUGGUCGGGGACUGUUAUCUCCAUGGCAUUAUGGGCGGAGAGGCAUGGGAUGAAGGACGGGCUGUGGCGAUGGAGAUAGUCUAG